GCUGGGAACAACUCCCUUCUUCCUGCUUCAGUGUCGGUAAAGGCAAAGUUCCCUCAGGAGCUGCAGGAGCAAGAGGGGCUUCUCCUACAGGAACAAGGGCUCUCAGAAGUUUCUGCCAUGCUGCAUUUGAGUAAGGGGGAUUUGGUAUGGGUGGACUCCGGUGCUGGAGUGCCCAUUGGGGCGGAGGUCCAAGUGACCGACACCGGCCAGCUCCAACUGUUGGAUGAUGAAGGAAAGACGCACAAGAUCAACAAGAAGACGGAGGGCACCAUCCGACCCAUGCACCCCACCUCUGUAAAGGGUGUGGAGGACAUGAUAAGGCUGGGUGAUCUGAACGAGGCCGGGCUCCUCAGGAACCUCCUGGUGCGACAUAAAGAAGGCAUCAUCUAUACGUACACAGGCUCCAUUCUGGUGGCAGUUAACCCUUACCAGCUGCUGCCCAUCUACACCACCGAGCAGAUUCACAUGUACACAGACCGCCGGCUGGGUGAACUGCCGCCGCACGUCUUCGCCAUCGCAGACAGCUGCUUCUUUAACAUGCGCCGCAACAAGAAGAACCAGUGCUGUGUGAUCAGCGGAGAGUCUGGUGCAGGAAAGACUGAGAGCACCAAGCUCAUGCUGCAGUUUCUGGCUGCAGUGAGCGGGCAGCACUCCUGGAUCGAGCAGCAGAUUCUUGAAGCAAACCCCAUCCUGGAAGCCUUUGGAAAUGCCAAAACUGUUCGCAAUGAUAACUCCAGCCGUUUUGGGAAGUACAUAGACAUCAACUUCACCAAAGGAGGGGCCAUAGAGGGGGCCCGAGUCGAGCAGUACCUGCUGGAGAAGUCCAGAGUUUGUCGCCAGGCACCUGAGGAGAGAAACUACCACAUCUUUUACUACAUGCUGAUGGGCAUGACGGCCGACCAGAAGAAGAUUCUCUCCCUGGGGAGUGCUGCAGAGUACAACUACCUCACUAUGGGUAACUGCACCAGCUGUGAAGGACGGGAUGACGUGAAGGAAUACGCUCACUUCAGGUCCGCUCUGAAGAUCCUCAUGUUCACAGAGAACGACUCCUGGGAGAUCUCCAAACUGCUCGCCGCCAUCCUUCACCUGGGCAACGUCAAAUUUGAGAGCACCAUAGUGAACAACCUGGAGGGCUGCGAGGUUGGCAAAUCAUCCCAUUUUAACAUGGCCAGCCAACUUUUAGAGGUGUCUGCUAAAGAGCUGGAGAAGAGUCUGACUGAGCGCUCCUUCAUGACCGCCAGAGAGAGUGUGACCAAACCUCUGACCUCUGACCAGGCCGUGGACGGCAGGGACGCCUUUGUCAAAGCCAUUUAUGGAAGACUCUUCAUCUGGGUCGUGGAUAAAAUCAACGCAGCCGUUUUCAAAACAUCUGAAGAUGACAAAGAUGUCCGACAGUCGAUCGGUUUGCUCGACAUCUUCGGUUUUGAGAACUUCAACAAAAACAGCUUUGAGCAGCUGUGCAUCAACUUUGCCAAUGAGCAGCUGCAGCAGUUCUUCGUCAGACAUGUUUUCAAGCUGGAGCAGGACGAGUACACCCGAGAAAACAUUGUGUGGAAGCACAUUGACUACAAAGACAACCAACGCACCCUGGAUGUGCUGGCCAGCAAACCUAUGAACAUGCUGGCUCUGAUUGAUGAGGAGAGCAGCUUCCCCAAGGGCACAGAUACCACCAUGCUCCAAAAGAUGAAUCAAGUCCACGGGAAGGGAGGCAUCUAUAUUCCCCCCAAGAACAACUAUGAGACGCAGUUUGGAGUCCAGCAUUUUGCUGGAGUGGUCUACUACGACUCAAAAGGUUUCCUUGAGAAGAACCGUGACGCCCUCAGCACAGAUCUGAUUCAACUGAUGGAGACCUCCACCAAUAAACUCCUCAAGCAGGUGUUUCAGAGUGAGCUGUCAUCCGGUACCAUCAAGAGCAAAGUCAAAGCCAAGAUGAUCACCAUCACCACAGCCAGCAACAGCAUCCGGCAAGCGCCUGAUAACAAGAAGCGUGCACCAACUCUGACCGGUCAGUUCCGCCAGUCUCUGGAGUCCCUGAUGAAAACACUGUUCGCGUGUCAGCCCUAUUUCAUACGCUGCAUCAAACCCAACGACUUCAAGAAGCCCCUGCUGUUUGACAGAGAGCUGUGCAUGCGUCAGCUCCGUUACUCUGGUAUGAUGGAGACCAUCAGGAUCCGUAAAGCUGGAUACCCCGUACGCUACACCUUCCAGGAGUUUCUGGAUCGCUACCGUGUUCUCCUGAAAACUUCCCUCUGUGAUCCCAAAAAAGAAAGCAAAGAGAAAUGCUGCGAGAGCAUUUGUGAAAAUGUGCUGGCUGGAGAGGGAGACUGGAAGACGGGCAAGACAAAGAUAUUCCUCAAGGACUUCCAUGACACCAUGCUCGAGCUGGAACGAAUGAAAGAACUGAACGACAAAGCACUUCUGAUCCAGAAAGUCCUGAGAGGCUUCAAAUACAGGAGACAGUUCCUGCGGAAGAAGGCGGCUGCUCUUGUCAUUCAGAAACACUGGAGAGGACACAAAGGCAGAAAGCUCUACAAAGUGGUCCAGCUGGGCUUCGCCAGACUGCAGGCUCAGGUUCGCUCUCGCCAGCUUCACUUCCAGUACAAGAGGAAGCGCGAGGCGACGGUCGUGCUGCAGACUCAGAUCAGAGGAUACCUGGCCAGGAAGGAGUGGAAGCGCAAGAGAGACGCUGUGAUCCUCCUGCAGGCGCACACCAGGGGAGGGCUGGCCAGAAAGGCUCUCAGGAAGAUGAAGAGAGACCGUAUCCUCUCUGCUAAAGACAAAGAAGCAGAGCGGAUGGCCGCCAUGGCGAAGCAGAAGCACUUGGAAGAGGUGCUGAAGCAGAAGAAGGAGAAUGAGGCCAGAGCUCAUGCUGAGUCGGUCAACGACCAGGAGUUGGUCGAACGCAUGUUUGAAUUCCUGCCCGAAACAGUCGGAGGGCAGGAGGGGCAAGCACCUGUGGGAUACGAGAAAUUUGAGGGGAUGAUCACAGAGGAGAUAGACAUCGAUGAGUUCCCCUUCGAGGCUGAGCUCCCUGAAGAGGACUACGAUGACCUGGAUGAGUACUCUUUCUCCAAAUUUGCCUCCAUGUACUUCCAGGGAGCAGCCACCUCCACCCACAUCCGCCAGAGGCUCAGACAGCCACUGCUUUACCACGAAGAUGAAGGAGAUGUUCUGGCCUCCCUCACAGUGUGGUGGAUCAUCCUGAGGUUCAUGGGAGACCUCCCUGAGCCAAAGAAGCAGGUGAGAGCACAAGGCGCCCCGGCACAGGAGCGCUUUCUGCCGCAGGACCUGCUCUCCAGAAAGGACAGACGACUCAGCCACAUGGUGGGCCUGGAUCAGAGGGUACUAAGGAACAAAAAAGAGACAAAGCCUUCACCAGUUCCUGAGGAGCCCGCACCAAACAGGAAGGGCUCCAUUUUUACUGACCUCCUGACGAGAAACAGGAAAGCAUCUGCAGUGCCGAGUGAGACAGCUCAAAACCCAAGGGCUUACACCGUCCCAGAAGGAAGCCCCCGAGGAAGCCCCCGAGCAAGAAAGGGGUCCACAUUUACUGACCUGCUAACCAGGAACAGAAAAGCAUCCACCAUUCAAGACAGCGGGAUCCCAAAACCCGCUCCGGGUGCAAGAAAACCCUCGAUCAUCAUGGAGGAGUCAGAUGAUCUGACUGAGGUGGCUAAGCCUCCCACCCUGCAGACUGUGCAGGAGGACAGUGACGUCAUGAUCGGAGAAGGACCGACUCUGGACCGGCCGCUGACGUCUUUAGAGAAACUCCACAUCAUCGUUGGAUACGCUAUCGUCAGACAUGACCUCAGGGAUGAGAUUUACUCUCAGAUCUGCAAGCAGCUUCAGGAAAACAACAAUCGCAACAGCUACUUCCGUGGUUGGAUCCUGCUGUCUCUCUGUCUGGGAAUCUUCCCUCCGAGCGAGCGCUUCACGAGAUACCUGCAAAGUUUCAUCCGUUUUGCUCCUGGAGAUUAUGCUGCAUACUGUGCAGAGAGGCUGCGACGCACCAGAAUGAACGGGAUGAGAGGGGAGCCUCCGUCCUGGCUGGAACUGCAGGCGACCAAGACAAAGAAGCCGAUGAUUGUGACGGUGAAGCUGCUGGAUGGACGCUCCAUGAACCUGCCUGUUGACUCAGCUUCUACCUCCAGAGAGAUCUGCUUGGCCCUCUCGAACAAAAUCAGACUGAAGGACACCUUCGGCUUCUCGCUCUAUGUGGCCCUGUAUGAAAAGGUGUGGGCUCUGGGCAGUGGCCGGGAACACGUGAUGGACGCCAUCUCUCAGUGUGAGCAGGAGGUGAAGAGGAGGGGAGGCCAGGAGCAGCACGCUCCCUGGCGUCUCUUCUUCCGCAAGGAGAUCUUCACCCCAUGGCACGACUGCAAAGAGGACAAGAUCAGCACAGACCUCAUCUACAAGCAGAUCAUCCACGGCCUGAAGUUUGGGGAGUACCAGAGUGAAAAGGAGGACGAUUUAGUCCAGCUUGCUGCCAAACAUCUUUACGUCCAGCACGGCUCAGACGGCGGUCCAGAACAAGUGAAGGAAGUUGUUCAGGACUGCAUCAACAACUCUCUGCUGGAGGCAAAGUCAGAGGCCAAGUGGGUGCAGAUGGUCAGCACAGCUCAUGCUCAGGGUUCAUAUUUUAGUUCAAGACAGAAAUCAGACUCAGUGAAGGCAGAGAUGGUCGACUACGCCCGAGAGAAGUGGCCCAUGUUCUUCUCGAGGUUCUUUGAGGUCGUCAAACUGUCAGGUCCUGCUCUGCCGAAGAGUAAAUUCAUCGUGGCCAUAAACUGGACCGGAAUCACAUUCCUGGAUGAGAGAGAGAAGAGGCUGGUGGAGCUCUCGUUCCCCGAGGUCACCGGAGUCAACACCAUCAGGGAGGGUAAAGCGUCCGGACAGGCAGUGAGCCUGCUGACUCUUAAAGGAGACUUUACACUGAGCGGGAGCGCAGCCGGGGACAUGGCAGAGCUGAUCACCAUGUUCCUCAGUGGACUGACGGAGAGAUCACAGUACGCUGUAGCACUCAGGGAAGCGUCACAAGAUGACCCUGCAUUGCUCAACUUCAAGAAAGGAGAUCUCAUUAUAAUUGUCAAAGACAGUGAGUUUCCUCUGCAGCGCGGCUGGAUCAAGGGCCAAAACGAGAGCACAAAAAGAACAGGAGCUGUCCCCACUGAAGACAUCUUAAUCCUGCCCACACUCACCAAACCCUCCAACGAAGUCAUGAGCCUCCUCAAGAUGUCCCCUAACCAGAGGAAAACCGCCAUCUGGGAAAACCAGAAGGAAAUGGGAACAGUGGAGAGGAUGGCUCUUUUCACGCUGAAGGAAUUCUCCCUUGAGUACUUCAGACAGCCCACUAAGGAUGUGAACCGUCAGGUGAUUUCCAGGAACGCUGCUCCGGAGAAGCUUUGGGUGAACUCCAGAGAGCCACUCAGACAGCCUCUCCUCAAGAAACUGCUGGGAAACCCCGAGCUCAGCCACACAGCCUGCCUGGCCUUCACUGCGAUCCUGAAGUAUAUGGGAGAUUACCCCACCAAGCAGAUGCAGAGUCCUUUGGAGCUCACCGACCAGAUCUUUGGCCCCGCCACCAAACACGAGGUGCUCAGGGAUGAGAUCUACUGCCAGAUCAUGAAGCAGAUGACCAGCAACAACAACAGGUUCAGCAUAGAGCAGGGCUGGCAGCUGAUGUGGCUCUGCUGUGGCCUAUUUCCUCCCAGCCAGUCUCUUCUGAGACACACCCAGCGAUUUCUGGAGACACGUCGCAGAGAGCCCCUUGCCGCUGACUGCUUGCAGCGCCUGCAGAGCUCACUGAGGAUGGAUCCAAGGAAUCUGCCACCACAUCAGGUGGAGGUAGAUGCCAUCCAACAGAACAGCACCCAGAUCUUCCACAAAAUCCACUUCCCUAAUGACACAGAGGAGAUAUUUGAGGUUGCAACAAGCACCAGGAUCAGGGAUCUCAUCCAGAACAUCACCAAGAAGCUGGGACUGGCCUCAGCUGAUGGAUUCAGCAUUUUUGUCAAAACACAUGACACGGUUCUCGGUUUGAACGACACAGAAUACUUCUUCGAUAGUCUGAGACAAAUCACAGACUGGUCUAAAAAUGCCAAGAGGAUUAAAGAAGGUGGGCCUGUCAACAUCCCCUACCUCGUGUUCUUCAUGAGGAAGUUGUGGUUCAAUGUAGUUCCUGGCAGAGACAUCGAGGCUGAUCUAAUCUUCCACUUCCCUCAGGAGCUGCCGAAGUACCUGAGAGGAUAUCACGUUAGCACCAAAGAGGAAAUGAUCCACAUUGCAUCUCUGCUCUUCAGAAUAAAGGUCAACAAUGACAAAACUCAGCUGGUCACGAUUCCCAAGUUGCUGAAAGAGCUGGUGCCCGCUGACUCGCUGAAGGCCAUGUCUGAGAAUGAGUGGAAGAAGACUGUCGUGGCUGCUUUUAACAAACAAGCUGGUAUGACAGUGGAUGAAGCCAAGGUGGCCUUCCUGAAGGCGGUGUGUCGCUGGCCGACGUUCGGCUGUGCGUUCUUUGAAGUGAAGCAAACAUCAGAACAAAACUUCCCAGAUAUUGUGUUGAUAGCUAUCAGCAAGCAAGGACUCACCAUCAUCCAUCCCAAAACUAAGGAUGUACUGGCAAACCACCCGUUCAACCGCAUCGCUAAUUGGUGCAGCGGAAGCACCUACUUCCACAUGACUAUUGGCAAUUUAGUCAAAGGGAGCAAAUUCCUGUGUGAAACCUCACUGGGUUAUAAGAUGGACGAUCUCAUCACCUCCUACGUCAGCAUGUACCUCAGAGAGAGGAAGGCGGUGCAAACCAGGAACAGGCGCUUCAACAUGUGAGCUGCAGGGACAUGAACGUGAUGUACCCUCAGAUAUCUGCAGACUUAGUAACACUCAUUAGUAGUUCACACACAAAAGAGGAAAGAGGAAGAAUACUUUUAUUUUUAGAAGUGCAAUCAACUUUAUUUUGGCUCUGGGGAAAAACACGUUGAUUUAUUGGAUUAAAGAUUCAGUAUCUGUAGAUUUCUCACAAUUUAUUUAAAGCAACACAUUUUCUCCACUUAAAAAUUCAGCCACCUUAAUUCAUGGAAAGAAUUUUGUCUUAAUUAAGGUUUACUUUGAUGAAAGCAUUAUUUACAUGUGUUAAUUGGCUAUUUGUCUAAAGUUAUGUUUCACUUUAACGCUUCUCCCUUUGAAAAUAAAAUUCAUUUUCAAUCUG